UGGUGGUGUGAACAAACCGCGCUACACGAUUCAGUUCACCGACGAUGGUUGUUGCGCUCGGUUGUGCUUUCCUCUUGAACAUGUGAGUUCAUAUUUCAAGUAUUUAUGCACGUUACCUUUACAUACUCUUUGAUUCGAUUAAUUUAUUUCACCUGCAUCAAAGUGUCGUAGAGUACAAAAUAUUACACAUACACCAGAGUGACCAUUGGCAUUGUAUUGCCUUAUAAAUGUCGUGUUACGUGCGUGUUACAAAAAAAAAAAAUAACUAACGCUGAACGUAAAUUGAAUAAAGUGCUCGGUCGGAGUUGAGUGGCUUGCUUAGAGUUUGCAUAUCUUAAUUAUUGAUAAGGAUCGUUUUCCUGUCUAACGUUGGUUUAUUGAAAAGCGAAUACCGGCUAAGCGUAAUCCUGCUCCACACCAUCGUCCUUUUGGUCAAAAGGAGUGCGGAAUGUUUUGUUCGAUUCAAAACAACCCAACAACACAAGAAAAGUGAAAAGAAAAUCCGAAGAAGAAGAAAGUACGAAUAAAAAAGUGAAACAAUAGAGUGUUAAUCGAGUGAAUAGAAUCAAAAGAAUCCAUAAACACCUGCAUUCUGACCUUACAGGAUAUUUCUUUGUUUUUUUUUUUUAAGGAAAUAAAAAAUGUUGUGAUCCUGUUGCAGCUAGAACAGUUAGUUGAAGGAUGUAUGCAAUUUCCUGCUGACACAGAAUUAAAUAAGGAUAAACUAAGUGGAGUCGUUGGCGUGGCUUGAAUGAGUUCAUUGAGAACAUGUAUAAUUUUAACAAACAGGCGAACAUGGUUAAUAUAUUUAAAAACUAUACAGAUGUGCAUAUCCAGUCUUGGUUACUGAUUAUAUUGAUAGUGUUGUGCCAUAACAAUAACAAUUAUUCACGAAUGGAAACGGCUGCUGAAGUAUUGGCUGAUCCAAAAUUUAGUUCCCCAAUAUCAAAUGUGACGGCAUCAGUAGGACGGGAAGCUCUUCUAACAUGCGUUGUACAAGAUCUUGGCUCUUACAAAGUGGCUUGGUUGCGUGUUGAUACUCAGACCAUACUUACAAUUCAAAAUCAUGUUAUAACGAAGAACCAAAGAAUCGGAAUUACUUAUUCGGAACACAAGACGUGGCAGCUGAAAAUAAAGGACAUCAAGGAAACAGACAAAGGCUGGUAUAUGUGUCAGAUAAAUACAGACCCAAUGAAGAGCCAAAUGGGCUACCUGGAUGUUGUGGUACCGCCGGAUAUCCUGGAUUAUCCCACAAGUACGGAUAUGGUUGUACGAGAGGGCAGUAACGUGACGCUUAAAUGUGCUGCUACCGGAUCACCAGAGCCAACUAUUACGUGGAGACGUGAAAAUGGAGUACCCAUUGGAUUGUCCAACGGUUCAGAGGUUUCCAGCAUUGAAGGCCUUAACCUAGUUCUACCGCAUGUAAAGAGGCAACACAUGGGCGCAUAUCUUUGUAUUGCAUCGAACGGUGUUCCGCCAUCAGUGAGCAAAAGAAUAACACUCAUUGUGCAUUUUCCACCAAUGAUAACAGUACAGAAUCAAUUAAUUGGGGCUGUUGAGGGGAAAGGUGUUACGCUAGAAUGUCAAUCAGAAGCUUUUCCCAAGUCGAUUAAUUACUGGACAAGAGAACGGGGAGAAAUAGUACCUCCAGGUGGAAAAUUUCAAUCGAAUUCAACCGAAAUGGGAGACUACAAAGUUUCGAUGAAACUUCAAAUUUAUCCAUUGACACAGUCAGAAUUUGGAUCUUACAGAUGUGUUGCGAAGAAUUCACUGGGCGAUACCGAUGGAACUAUUAAGUUAUACCGAAUACCUCCGAAUGCAGUCAACUAUUUGGACAACUUUGAAGGAAGACAUAAAGGCAAGAAAAGAAUAAAAAGUUCAGAACUGUAUCAUCAGGCAAAGAGCGUGGACACAGGUGAUGAUCCGGAGAAUCCAGUUAAAAGGAAAGAUGUUAUCCUGGGGGAUAACGAUGACGCUGUUCAUGACGCCUCAUCAGCACUGUCAAUGCACAACCCGAUAUUUUAUCAAUUUAGUGAGCAACUGAUAUUGAUACUGAUGUCAACAGCGUCGUUCAUCAUACUUUGACAGCUUUCGAUUGCUUCGUCAUUGAUAUAAAAAUUCCCACAUUCAUAAGGAGCUCCACACAAAAUGGAAAGUAAAAAAACGAAAGGAUCAACCAAAGCAUAAUCAACACAUAUAUCCAGACAGCAAGGAGUUCGUGUAAAUCAAUGUCAAUUCAAACGUUAAUAGCUGAUGGCAACGAGUGUUGUCUGUUGAAGCUACAAAUCAGAAUAGUCUCAAGUCAAUGCAAAAGGAUGCUAGUGGAUGGUGUUGAAUAAAGGAAGCUCUUUCAUAAAAAAUAAACAAAAACAAAAAAAAGCAAAUCUCGCAUGAAAUGAUAUGCCCCAUCAAAGGCAAUAAAUUAAUUCAGGAUUAUCUAUAUACAUACACACAUUUAUAUAUGAAUAGCAUGUACUUUACAUAGAUUGUUGACUGACCAAAACCCACAAAAACCAUAAGCCACAAAAAUUAAAUAAAAAUCUGUAAAUACACUGCGGUAUACUGUCAUUUAGUAUUAAAAAAUAAAAUAAUAAACACGCCUGCAAGGAGAAACAAAAACGCUAAAAAUUGUACAGGAAGAGAAAUAUGUCAAGUUACUUUAAAAAUUGUUAAAAUUUGAGGCUUAAGAUCCAGUUAUUAUUUCAUGCUUUGAAUUUAAAUAAAACUUUUUAUUUCAAAGACUUUAGAGUUUCCAUUUUCAAUAUAUAGUAGAAUAGUAGAUCAUAAUAAUUACUUUAAGUUGAGUUGCUUAUAGUUAUGAGAUGGAAUCUAAUCUAAUUGAAGACUGUAAAAUAUUAAUACAAAAUAUACAAAAAUAAAAGUAAAUAUGCAUAAAAUAUAAAUUUAUAUAUUUAUAGGAAAAUAUAGAGCUAUAUACAUAAAAUAAAUAAAAGUAAAUAAAGGAAUAUAAGAUAUACAAAUAAGGGAGUUAAAAUAACAAAAAUAUGCAUGUGAGUUGUUAGUUAAGAUAACUGUAGACAUUGAAAUUAAAGAUGGAUCUAAAAGUGUUGACGAGAAUAUAAAAUUAAACUUGAAACAUAUCAGUAAUGAAAAACAAAAAUUAUAAUAAUGUUAUCCAUUUAAACGAAAUAUGCAGAGCUAAUUAAAUAUACAUAAAUAAUUUACUAAAAAACA